AUGUCGUGGACGCUUCGAAAACAUGUCGCUUUAGGUAUUGCUCUGCAGUUACUCGUGCUUUUGGCAAUGUUGUCAUGGUUAUUACAGCAAGGGGUCAUGUUUCGUACAAGGAUAGGCGUGAGUACAUUUCAGACGCAAGAAGUAGAUGUCGCGAACGAGGAUGGGACAUUUAACACGGAGAAUAUUUCCCUGGCGCUGGCUCCAUUCACUAACUUCGGCAACUCGUCAUCCAGUUAUGGGCAACACAUUUCGGUGAACGAUCCUCGUCCGCGAGACAUUGGAAUAAACUCGACAGCCAUCACUUACCAACCUCGUCCAAGGAAGCGAUAUUUGUUGCCAGUGAUUCACACAGGUGGUCAAAACGUGCAAUUCACCUCCUUUAAGAAAGCAACGGCGUUUGCGUACCUCCAAAACAGGACAAUUGUUCUCGCGCCGUUCUUCCUUCACGGCGGCGACCAACGAGGCUGGAAUAUGCGUCACUGGCGUAACUUUAGUUUAGCCUUCGAUGUUGAUAUCCUAAAUCAAAUUGUCCCAGUAGCCUCGCUGAAUGAAUUCAAAUCGGUCUGCGACGGCCGAAUGAAAGCCAUUCAUCCAAGUAACGAUCGUACUUUUAAAGCCAACAAGACUCUCGAACGAUUCCUGGAGAUUGAACGAGCGCCGAAGAAAUACACGUUCAAAACACCCCCAUACGCAUACGAUAGUCAUAUUCUUGAAGAAGAACCAUGCCUGGCGAUUCUUCUACCUCAUUAUCUUAAUCCGCCGGAAAAGGAAGUAGGAGAUUUGAUUGACAACCACUUCGUCAGGUCGCCAAUCAUCCAAGAGGCAGUAGAUUUCGUGUUGGACAAUGUUUGUCAAGGUGGCCGCCUGAUGGCGCUGCACUGGAGAAAUCGUACUGGAGAAGCCUGCGUGCAUUUCUGGAGGCGGGAAGAAGUAAAGAAGGAGUGUAUGAAGAUCAUACCGGAAGCUGCUCAAAUCGCCAAAUUUAUCUCGCAGCCACUGAAAGCGUUUAUGGAUCGAGAAAAUUUCGCGUGUAUGUAUGUAGCUCAUCCAAAUUUUGCCAAGGACGUCAUGAUGUACUUGAAAGAAACGAUACCAGAAGAUCGUUUGAUUGACUCUGAUAUCACAACAACGUGGAAUAUGUCGGCAUUUAGGCAACUGAAUGCUGAUCCGUUUCAGAUGUCACUGUUCGAACAAGAGAUAUGUUACAGGGCCGAUUUAUUUCUUCGACCAGUCGUCUCGAAUUGGUCAGAUUUUAUUGAAGAGCAAAGACUUCUGAUUGGAAAAAAGACAACAAGAGUUCGUGCAAUAGCAGGGUUGGAUUCCCACGCGGGAAGGACUGUAUCUAAGCGAUAUGAAAAAUAUUUGUAA